UGCUGCAGCAACAAACGUUUGUUAUGUCAAUCAAAUUCCAUUUGAAAGCUUUCUACAAAACGCGCAAGAGAAUACAAAUUCUGACUUUUGGCAAAUAAUUGUGUACACUUUUUUAAGAGCGUAAUCCACUCGUCCUUGCAGCGAAAUAAAUUCGUAUUUCCUUCGUUUUUUUUGGGUCACAAAUUGUUGCAUUAAAUACAAAGUAAUUAAAGUACCGCGCAAACUUUGAUUUUAUGCAGAAAUGUGUGAACACUACUGUGACGAUUUGGAUACUUUUAAUCCAGAAAAAGAAUACCAAAAAUUUUUGAAACGUAAACCCAUCAUACAAACGGCUAAGUUGUAUGAGCAGCUGCACACGCGUGAGAAGAUCAAAUGCCCUUACAACUUUAAAGGCUAUGGCGUUGAGACAGACAAGAACACCAUGUAUCGCACUUGCAAUUCAGAGUAUGGUUACUACGCACCCAAUGCCUACACAAUACCUACGCGCUACUUUCCACUCUCCCAGAAAUUCUCCAAUGAACUUCAACGUUGCGGCAUGUACCGCAAUUUCUCGCUCAACACUCUAAUGGAUCGCUCCUAUUUCUGAGCGCACAUGAAGGUUGUAUAGCUUUUUGGUUUCUGAAAUGCCAAGAAUGUGCG